AUGGCGCUCAGUGUUGUAUGGGUUGUCAUCCUGGCAGAGACGAUGGCUUCUUCCUUCCAAUCUAUAGGAGGUGAAGCAGUUGAAUGGUGCCGCUCUGUGACAGGUUUCUGCCACGGGCAGCGCUACAUUCUCAAAGAGGCAGAUUUACCAGGGGUCGACUCAUUCCCCGAGAAUACACAAGAUCUGGAAGCAGUUGACUGGGACGGCGAUGGAGACUUAGACCUACUUGUUGCACAUUCAACGUCGUCUGGCAGCAGCAUCUUGACCUACUUAGAGAAUGUGCAGGGAUCUUUUCUGAGGAAUGGCAGCCUCACGUCACUCCCUACAGCCAGUAUGCACAAGACCUUUGCUGCCACGGAUUGGGAUGCAGAUGGUGACACGGAUCUGCUAAUCUAUGACAAUGGCAGCCUGCUUCUACUUGACAGGCUUGACAACAGCAGCUUGGCUGAGGGAAGGCUUCUUGCCCAGAUUGACGAAGGACGCUGGCCGAAGAAAUGCACUGUGGCGGUGGGCGACUAUGAUCAGGACGGAGAUGAUGAUGUGUUGAUCUCGUGGUCGGGCCAAACCAGCAUCAGAUAUUUCGAACAUGAGAACUCCGGAAAUGUCACUGAGCGCUUAGGUCCAGGAAACCCAUUCGAGGGGAUUACGUUCGACUCAACGGUGGGUAUCCUGACCCCGGCCGACUUGAACAGCGACGGGGCACUUGAUCUUGUAGUACGCCUGCGUGGAUAUAACCGUCCGCCCGAGAAAGUCCUCUUUUUUCAGAGGUCUCUUGAUGGAAGUUUUUCAAAGCAUGCCAGUCCCUUCACCAGUCGAUUCAGUCCUUAUACCUUGACGGUUGUGGAUUGGGAUGCUGACGGCCACCAGGACGUGAUUGCUGUGGAGGGGGAUUCAAUUCAACGCACCUCCAUCUUGCCUGACCCGCAGUAUGUCGAGCGCAGUGGCAGGCUGUCUGUCUUCAGUUCAGUGGAGCCAAUCAAUGCGUACGAGGAUCCGUCUUUGGUGGAUUGGAACGGUGAUGGUCUUCCUGACUUAGUGCUGCCAUCAGCAUUCCCCUCGAGAUUUCGAUAUUUUGAGCAAACCUCCAGCGGUUUGAUGGAACAGUCAGCUGAAUGGGCCAAGCACCUCUCCGGAUUGGAGCCUAUAAGAUUCGUGGAUGUGAACCGGGACGGCCUCAUGGACGCAGUUGCGUGCAAUGGAUCUACUUUGAUGUAUUGGCAGCGGAUGGCCAAUGGCUCCUUGAAGAAUAUGGCUGGGGCAGCAAACCCCUUCCUGAGAGUGAAUCAGGCAAUCGAGGCACGUGGCGUGCGCUUCGACAACUUGGAGUUUACGGACUGGGAUGGUGACGGCGAGAUGGACUUCAUCUUAUGCACGAUGUCUGGCCGGAAGAAGGCCCAUUUCCACUACUUUCAGCAAGCUGGCGGGGUCUGGGAAGAGAAAGGCAGCUAUCAGCUCGAUGCUGAUGAUUUGGACUAUCCAUUUCGCUGUGCCUUAGAGCUCAGCCUGAAGAGCUACAUUUCCGGCUUGGCGGUUGCAGACUGGGAUAGAGACGGUACUCCUGAUGUGCUGGUCUCAUGGCAAAGUCCCGACUUUGUAGGGCUGCAGUACUUUCAGCGUGGCUUCUGCACCAGGUCAGAGACUUGCAGUGGAACAGGCUUCUGCAACCCAGCGAUAGGAACUUGCCAGUGUUUGUCGGGCUACAAGCUCGGGGACUGCUCCGGCUGUGCUGCAGGAUACUACAGCACAGAUGCCAGAAAUGUCCAUUCGGCGGGUGCUGGCCUCAUCCAUACCUGCCACGCUUGUCCAGGCUUUGUGGCUGGAAGCUCCGACAGCACAUGUUCAACACGAGGCAGAUGCCAGGAUGAUGACUAUGCCCGAAGUCACAGCAAAAGACGCGGGAACGGAAGUUGUUUUUGCCAGGCACCUUUCUUCGGCGACAGCUGCGAGUUUGGAGAAUGCGCUGCAGGCGCGGAGUACAGCCAGCACGACCUUUUCACUUGCCAGCUCUGUCAAGCCGGUUGGUACAAGACCGAUUUUGGCAACAAUGCAUCUUGCCAGCCCUGCUUUUCAAACAACUAUGCGCCAGAUCCCGGGAGUGCCUCCUGCUUCAACUGCCACAAUUCAUGGUUGCGGGUGAAAGUAAACAAGGAGAAGACUUCAUGCACGAUCGCUUCAGUGAAUUUCCUGGUGGUGCCAAUUCUUCUCUUUUCAACUUUGUUCUUCUUGAUGCUCCCUUUCGUGGCCGGCCUGCCGUUACAAGUGGAAGAUUGCAGGCUUUGCGAGGAGGGCGUGAUUGUCACAACAAGGGCAAGACAUUGGCUGUUGGACCGCGCAAACCGCAGAGUGCAGAUUAGCUUUGAGAAUACUGAGCAUCCUUGCUUGGAUGGGAAGUCAUUUCAGGCUCGUAUCUUCAGCGAGACCCAGUUCUUGCUUCUGGCCACUAUGCUUUCUACUCAAUCAGCUCCGAGCAAAGAAGUGGCACUCGAACUGGACAUUGAGACCUCCAUGGGUACAAGUUAUUUGAGACGCAGGGACUCCUUCACGGGCACGGGCUUCCUGGUCUCGUUCUCUGUGUGGCAGGUACUGUUGCUACUCUGUCUGGUAGGUUGUAUUCUUCUGGCUGAGUUUGUGGAAAUGACAGGAAGCGCCCGCGUCACAUGGGUGGACGCUUGCGCGAUGUUGUGUGGUGCAGUGGUGGCCAGUCUAGUGCACUGGCGACGUCUGACCAAGCAGCAGGCCACCAAACUUGACCUAUGCCUGCAAAACUUUGCUCGACGGAUCGCGCAAACCAAUCCCACUCCAAGAUCCUGCCAAAGAGGUGCUUCCCGUGCAAUAAGUGCGAGCCAGCUGCUCGACUUCUACCACUCCUUCAAAGACUUCAUCCUCCGCAGAAACAUGUACUACCUAUGCUCCAACAUCGUGCGACCGCUCACCAAGCCACUGCAGUUGUCUUAUGCAGAGAUGGUUGGUCCGAGCACCAUGGUGUGGUUCGUGUCGCAUUACUGGGGAACAGCGUUUGCACAUUUCGUAGAUGCCAUUCGCAAGCAUGCAGAGACGAGUCUGGGCGCCCGUGUGAUGGACCUGCACCUCGUGACAUACUGGAUAUGUACCUUCAGUAACAACCAGUGGCAGGUUUCUAGUGAGCUUGGGGAGUCCUGGGAAUUCUCUUCAUUUUAUUUGGCCCUGCGCAGCACGGGAUACAAAGGAACGGUUAUGGUAUUGGAUGAGGCCGUCCGACCUCUGACCAGAUCUUGGUGUUUGUUUGAAUUGUUGCAGACAGCACUCUUGAGCCAAGAGAAGGGAAUCCCAGGACUCUUUCUAGCCACUGACUCUGGCGUCAUGAACUUUGGCCAAUGCAGCAUGGACAUCGCCGUCACUCUCAGCAAGAACAUGUCCACCCUGAGGCUUCAGGACGCCAGCGCGAGUUCGACAAAGGACAAGGAGAUGAUCGAUAAUCUGGUUCUGGCUCAGCCAGGAUGCUCAGAGCUUGACCUUGCACAGCAGGCCAGGUCUGCAUUUCGGAGUAGUAGGCCACCGGAAGCUGUACUCCCGUCGGGGAAGAACGAGUCUGCGAGCUGA